GUUGUCUAAGCGCCAGUCACAUAACUCACUAUCAGUCAAGAAGUGCUUACUAAGGAAUGAGCACUGCGUCCUCGCCUCAUGCUUGCCAUCGUUUGAAUAUUAAAAUUCGACGCAUAUCCUCACCAUAAUCGCCCAUACAGUUGCCCACUACACCCAUAUAAAUGACUGAUGUGUCGGAAUACGGUGGAUCUGUGGCUGAGCAGAUCGACGAUCCCAGCGGAUCUGGAGAAACCUCCCCAGACGAGUUGAACGCGGUCGCCAGAGAGAACGCGUCGAGGGUUGAACGUAACUACAGGCGGGCUGAUUUCGCCGACGCAGCAGCCGUGUCCGACGACGAGUCACUGAUCGAGGUGCCCUCUCGAACUAGUUCUCCAGCUCCUUCUCCCCCAAGGACUCCAUCUUACGUCGAUUCAUCCCCGUCUUUGGCUACGCACCCAGCCUUGCAAAACUUUGAUAUAAUAUGCACGAUUUGCUCAUAUGUACACCACGGAACGCUUGCUCCCCUUGCAUCCACAUGCCGCAUCUUUGAGCGCCCAGCACUUGAUGUCCUUUGGAGGAAUCUGCACUCCGUGGCGCCUCUUGUCAGAUGUCUACCAAGUGACCUGUUUGGCAUUGAUCAAGGACAUAUGGCAUUACUGAACCCUCUUGAUGCCAAGAUGUGGGAUAUUCUUUGCAAAUACACGACCCGCGUGUACUCCAUCACACAAUCAGGCCGCUCGGCGGUUAUUGAGGCCCUCGGUUCGCUAAUGCUGUCUUAUCCUUCGGCAUCUGCGUCCUUGUUUCCGAACCUUCGCAAAUUAACGUGGCACGCUGAUGGAACACACUGCGCUGCAGAGUUCUUGCGCAUGGCUUUUGUACCCACACAUCUGUUUUUGGACAUGCGAAUUUCUUCAGCUUCCCCUAUCUUUCUCUCAGUCCUUUCGUCUCUCGGGACGUUGAGUCCUCACCUCCGAAUAAUGACUAUGAAAUAUCCAUCUGCAACCAACGACUCGCUUCGUAAAGCUUCACCCUUCAUUGCACAAUCUAUUUCCCAGCUCCACCAUCUCCGGAAAUUGUCUAUAUGGGACCUAGGGAACCAAGGCAUGGAGCGCCUCAUGCAGCUGCGAGCUCUGCAGACACUGUGGUUAGACUUGAAGGGGGACAGACGGUCGCAUUUGCGAGUCCCCGGCUUUCAUGAUUUGCAUUCUUUGACCCUUUGUAUCGAUAAUCUCAACCACGCCUCGGACUUCUUGAGUUCGCUUCAGGUCAUCAGAAGCAAAGGCAUGACGCUCCGCUUCACCGCCGCUCAUCCCUCCGCAAGUGCAUCUACGACGCUGUCCCAGUUCUUCGCUGUCCUCCAAGAGACAUGCGAUCACGACAAUCUUGAGUCCUUCGCUCUCGUUGGAUAUUGGGGACAAGUUCACACAAAACCGGGUGACUUCACGCCAUUGCAUGCGUGCCGUAAUUUAACUCGACUGCUCGUUGAGAACGGCUGUAAUAUUUCCAUGGCUGAUGAGGAGCUCUGCACGCUGGUGGGAGCCUGGCCCAAGCUUGAAGUGCUCGCCAUCAGCCGCUUUGUCGCCAUAAACGACACCACAAUGCCUACAUUCCGCGGGCUAAUCAGUUUACUUCGGCUCUGCCCCGCUCUGACUUCGCUAACUUUAGUCAUCGAUGCAACCAACCUGCAAGGCAUCGAUUUCCACACCCCCGGCGGUGGAAUCUGCAACAACCAUCUCGAAAGCCUCAUCCUCAGCAAUUCACCCAUCAGCUCCCCGCUAGACGUAGCUCUCUUCCUCAGCGGCCUCUUCCCGUACUUGGAGUGCGUUGAACUUGAUUGUUGGGAUUCUGCCCCAAAGAAUUUGUUACACCAGAAGCAGUCAGCGAUUAAACAAUGGGAGGCAGUCAACCUCUUUCUUUGUAGCUUCACCAUCGUAAGAGAGCGAUGGAUGGAAGCAUUAUGA